UCUCUUAAUUUUCUUUUCAGAAUGACUAUUUCCCAUAAUCAGAUUCUUAAUAUUCAGUAGAUAAUUGUACCUCAUGAUGGCUGCUAAUGAACACGAAAUAAGGGACUUGAUAUUCAAGCUGAAUAAAAACUAUUUUGUUAAAGACGAGGAAAAACUUCGGUUUAUUCUAUCUGACAUCUCCCCACCAAAUAGUAAUGAAGGGAUUUUAGACAUCUUUGCUAAGUUAAUUGAUAAAGAAGACAUUACAGUUAAUAAGCUUGAUCUGCUGUAUGAACUGCUAAACUUGCUGGAUCAACGGGAUCUUCGGAAGAUCUUACCAACGCAAUCACCUUGUAGUCCUAAGGCUAUAAAUUUAAUCUCACCAUAUAAACAAAUGCUGGUUGAUGUAGGAAAUAAAUUGGAGGAUGACGAUUGUCACCGGUUAGCAUCUGUGUAUCAUUCCGAAGGAUUCAAUAAACCAUGGAAAUUGUUUAUGCACCUGGAGAAAAGGUCCUUUCUCAAAAAUGAACGACCAGAUUUGAACGUGUUUAUGAAAAGUUUGGAAGAAGUAGGAUGUAACAAUGCUGCUUCUCUGGUUAAGACGUUCCUUAAGGGUCAUGUAGGUUACUCUCCUAUCAUAGAUCAUGCUGCUAAAACGCUAUCCGAUAGAUACUGCCGAUUCUGUAACGUCAUGCAAUCUUUGCCAUGGGAUACAUCCAAGGGGAUUAGGAAAUUGAAAGAUAUCUUUAUCAACUUAAACAUUAUUUUCGAGAAGGAAAACUACGGAGCAGAAUUUCCAUUUCCCGAGUUUCAUAAGAUGUUUGAUCCAGCUGAGAGUGUAGGGGAUAAUCAAUAUCGUAUUUUAAUUCGAGGGAUUGCAGGAACAGGAAAAACAACAAUUUUGCAACGACUGUCACUUGAUUGGGGGGAAUCCUUGCAGAAAAAACUGAAUGGGCAGCCAGAAGAGAGCGAUAAUAUAUUGGAUUUUAUAAAGGACUUUAAAUUACUGUUCCUUUUAGAAAUUCGGAAGAUAAACCUUAACCAGAGUUUAUUCAGUGCUGUUCACUCACAACUUUUACAUGGUUUUUCCAAGAAAGAUAUGAAGGCUGUAGAGGCAUUUGUUAAAAAUGAACCUUCAAAGGUUGUAUUCAUGUUAGAUGGAUAUGAUGAGCUGAUUAAGGAAAAUGUAAACGAUGAUAGAUGCCAAUCAAAAUUAUUUGAUAUUUUACGGUGCAACGACCUUCCAAGUUGUCAUGUAGUGGUGACAACACGGCCACAUCGGGUUAAAGACUUUAAAAGAAUUCACCGAUUUUAUAAACACUUUGAACUUAAAGGCUUUACAAGAGAAAAUGUAAAACAGUAUGUUGACAGGUAUUUCAGCAAUUGCCCAGAAUCAGGUGAUAAACUGAUGAAGUACAUCCGGGAUUUAAACUUUGUGGAGGGCAUUGCAGAAAUUCCUAUAAUGACAGCAAUUAUGUGUUAUCUCUGGGAGUUUGAGAACUACAAAUCAUCAGUUUUACCACGAACACCAAGCAAAUUGUAUUCGCAACUUUUUCAAUUUCUUGAAAAGAAGUACGAGGAGAGAGAUCAGAUGAGGAUUAAAAAGCCUCGCAAUAAUCUGAAUCUACAAAAAGUCAAGUCUAAAAUUGGUGAAAUUGGUUUAUGUAGCCUUGAAACUAAUGGCGAUCUAAUUUUUAGAAAACAUAAGCUAGAUAAAUUGCAGCAAAAAGCUAUUGAAGAUGCCUGUGUAAUUGGCAUUAUGCACUCACUAAAUGGAGAUAAAGAACGUUCAGACAACCCAUUUGAGCCUACAGAAGAGGUGCAGUUCUUCCACAAAUCAGCCCAAGAAAAAUGUGCAGCCAUUUACUUGGCUAGUUUACUCGAAAAAAAGAAAUCAAGUACAAAAUUCAUGAAUCAUUUGACCAAAGUGUCAUCAGUACGCAAUGCACUUGAUAUGCAUUUAAUGCUGAAGUUUACUUGUGCAGAGAGCAAUGAAGCAGCAAAGCUUGUUCUUGAGAGACUUGGUAAUAUAUACAAUCAAUAUCCUCAAGAGACCUGGGAAGGGUUCAACAAAGGUGAUUUGCCGAUCGAAGAGAUAAAAGAGAUGCAACAAUUUUUAGAACUUUGCAUUGGAUGCAAUUUUGAGGCUGACAAGGAGGGGAUUCUUUUUGAGCAGAUGACAACCUUUUUCCCAGAGGGCCGCAUAAGAUUUACAGGCAUAUCAAACUACACUGCGAUGUCUCUUGCAUUUUUCUUGAAAUACACAAAUAGUAUAAAUCACAUAGAGCUGUUACGUCUGGGAGUAGAUGACAACACCCAGGUUCGUGCACUUAUGGAUAAAAUUCCAUCGUCUCGUCACUUCUACACAAAAUCAAUGACAGAUAUUUCACCUGAAAAUGAGGAGUUUGCAAACACCUUUAAGGCCAAAAUUCCAAAAGGAUCAUUCCUAAGUCAGAUUCCGGUAAAGCAAAUGUAUGGGAUCUAUCCAUUGUACAAAACUCUGAAGGAAUGGCAAGCAGAAGAAAUUCAUUUGGGAAUUGUGUUUGAUGGAAUGAAUGCAAAUAUGAAAUCCUUAACAAUUUCAGGUAUUCAAAUCAAAGGAACAGAUUUUGAUUCAUUUGUUAAUCUGCUACAUCGAGUGAAGACCCUAGAGAGUCUUUGUUUGAAUAGUAACAACUUUGGACCAGGUGACCUGGAAAUAUUUUCUAAAUGUAUCGGUGGGAUGACGAAACUGAAGAUCCUUACAUUAUCUGGAAAUAAUGUGUCUGAUGGAUUUGUGAGUGUGCUUGAUCAUUUAAAAGCAAGACGGCUCUUGGAAAUCGAAGAGAUUUGGGUUGAGAAAUGUAAUCUCUCAUCAAAAACACUGUGUGCUACAAUUGACGCAUUUGACAAUACACCAAACCUAAGGGUCCUUGAUAUACGCUUGAACGAAAUCACAAAUGAUGUUUUUAAAGCACUCGCACCUAAAAUGGGAAAAUUGCCUCAACUUGAGAAUCUUAACAUGACAUCGAACAAUGUAGAUUCUAAUGGAUAUGAACCAUUUUUCGAAGAAAUAAAACAGAUGAACAAAAUGAAACGACUCCAUUUAGCUGACAGCACUUUCUCAGGGACACUUCUUUAUCACAUAGCAACAGUAAUUCCGGAAUUGCCAAAUCUGGAAUAUCUUCAUGUCUCGGGGAAGAAUGUGAAAGAAAUAAAAGAGAUACCAAACCAGAUAUUCAGGCAUUUUAUUGAUAAUCUUCCGAAAUUGAAAGCUUUGAAAGAACUCAACCUUGUAAUCAUCAAACUUAGAAAGGAAGACUUCCAAGAUUUGAUAACCGUCUGCAAAGAUCUUCAAAAGAUCACGGAUGUAAGAAUAUCGUUUGAUCUUGUUCCGAAUGGCAUUGACAAGAAUGAUUUACCGAAGUUCAUCAAACUCUGCUAGUUUAUCUUCCUGGUAAAGAAUCUGUGAUUUUGAAUGGAACUGUAGCUUGGUGGUUAAGAUGCUUGCUUUUCAACCCCAGCAUCCGGGGUUAAAAUUCUGUCACUGCAUGGGAUUUUUAUCAUGAUUAAAAUACAGCUCAUAAAAGGCACUUAGUUUAUAAAUCAUUAUUCCAUCAUCUAAAUUGCGAGUGUAGGCCUACCUGUUGGAUGUGAAUGUGAAGCAAAUAAAAAAUGUAACUGCUGCAGCCGGUAACAUUUUUACAUGAGGAUGCCACACAGCACAUUUUAACUGAUGUCACAUAGGCCUAUGAGGGAGGAUACCAGUGACUCUGAUUGAGGCAAGAUGGAGAGCUUUAAAAGCUUACAGACAAUUACUUCUUUUAAAAAAAUAUCUGGUUUCAAAUCAUAAUAUUUUUCCAUUGCUGGACUUGCAUUAAUUAAUUUAAAGAGUCCACUUUAUUGAUUUUUUAUUAAUUCUAAUGAUUAAUAAUUUACAUGUAUAAGAAUAAAAUGUCGUACGACACUUUGAUACAGGAUCAAUAUCUAUAAAAUUGCCGCCACUUACCCCUCAUUUGUUAGGACUACUAAAAAUGUGUCGUUAAAAGUUAUACUACAGUACUCUACACUUCAUCGAAACAUUUCGUCUGGUUCUUAUAAUGUAGUGUCGUUAAUCCUUCAUUUCGAAAUAACAUCGGCAUUUACCUUGACGUUUCGAUCACAAUCGGCGAUCUUUUUUAACUGCGGUGUUACUUCAGUCUGGUCAUGACAUCAUCAGUCCGAUGACGUAAUACGCUGGUGUUGGUCAGGGCCCUGCCUGCUCCUGUUGUGUUUAAUAGUUCGUUGUAAAUUGUUGAGAGUUCAUAAGAACCCCCAUCUCUGUUCAUGAUGUACGAUUUUUUUUAUUAAUCCAAAAUGGAUUCAGGAUUUUUUCGUGAUACUACAUGAUGUGAUUUACAGAUCUUGUAAAGUUAAAAGUUAUAGCCUACUAAAGUACAUACACUUCAUCUGUAGGUAAUUUUUUAAGAUUCAGGAUUUAGGGUAAGUUUAUCAUUUAUCAUGUUUAAUUUUAUAAUUAUAGUAUAGGCCCUAGAUAGAAUAGUAUAGACAUUUACAAUUAACAGUAUUAGAAUGUAUAUAACACAUGCUUAGUUAUUUUGGCUGCUGUUGGGAGGGACGAGGGGAAAGUGACCCUUUUGCCGCACCCUUGGACCCGCCAUUGAACAGUUAUGUAACUUUUAUUGUAUGGUGUAAAUGUUUCAAAUAACCAAGAUGUGUUUGGUCACUAAACUAAUAAAUAUACAGAAUAGAUGAA